CAAAACUUUUAAAGGGUAUUAGAUAAACAUCCCAAAUUUUUGGGAACUUUAAUUAUUUCCCGAGAAUGACCAAAAACAUCCUUCUCCUCGCUCUAGAACCAUUUUCCCUCCAACCGCCUCAAUUUCUUCAGGUCCACGCCUCUCUUCUGUCUCUGCAUGGGAAUCCUGUAUCCAUGUUCGUUUACAUGCAUUUAUAUGAUACUGGUAAAUGGUAAUGUUACGCCUUCUAGGCCUUCGUUUCCCCCCUUUCGGUUAUCUUAGUAUUUCGUUUUUUGUCCCUUUUCCCCCUUGUUUUUGUCUGGUCAGAUUUGGAGUGGAGGUCGGGUAUAACUGGAAUUUGUUUGUGCCGUUCAUUUUGUAAUUGAUUCAUAGAAAUGUUCCAUAAGAAAAAUGUAAAUACGUAAUUCCUUUGAUCGGAGUUUCGGUUUCGAACUGGGUUUUUGGAGAAAGGAUGUGAAACUAGGUUGUCAAAAUGGAGCAAUUUUCCAAUUAUGUGCAUAGCCCUGCUCAUUUAGCGGUGGCGAAACGAGAUCAUGCUGCUUUGGAGGAGAUCGUGUCAUCCUUGCCUCGGCUUGCCAAGGCCGGGGCGGUGAUUAAUGAAGCAGAGUCUCUGGCCGCUGAAAACGACGCCGACAUAGUCUCCGCCGUAAUCGACCGGCGGGAUGUCCACGGCCGCGAGACUCCCUUACACCUCGCGGUGAAGAUGCGGGACCCGAUUUCAGCCGAGAUUCUGAUGUCAGCGGGCGCCGAUUGGAGUCUUCAGAACGAGAAGGGAUGGAGUCCCCUACAGGAGGCCGUUUGUUUACGGGAGGAGAACAUUGCUAAGAUCAUCGCAAGGCAUUACCAGCCUCUUGCUUGGGCCAAGUGGUGCCGUCGCCUCCCUAGGAUAGUAGCUUCUGCUUCCAGGAUCCGCGAUUUCUACAUGGAGAUAACUUUCCAUUUCGAGAGCUCCGUUUUGCCCUUCAUUGGAAAAAUUGCACCCUCAGACACCUACCGGAUAUGGAAACGGGGAGCUAAUCUCCGUGCGGACAUGACGCUCGCCGGAUUCGACAGCUUCCACAUCCAACGCUCUGACCAAACCUUUCUCUUCCUAGGGAAGGGGUAUGAUGGGAAUCUUUGUUCAAAUGAUGAGAAUGGGAAGAUUAUUACCAGUUUGCCCCCAGGAUCAUUGAUAGUACUGUCCCAUCCCGAGAAAGAGAUCACAAAUGCCUUGGAAGGGGCGGGAGUGGAACCAACUGAAGCGGAAGUUUGCCGUGAAGUGGCGUUGAUGUGUAAGACAAAUAUGUACAGGCCGGGCAUAGACGUGACUCAGGCUGAACUCGUCCCGCAUAUGAAUUGGAUGAGACGACAUGAGAAAACGGAGAUGGUCGGCGUUUGGAAGGCUAGGGUUUAUGAUAUGCUCCAUGUUAUGGUUAGUGUGAAGUCACGGCGAGUCCCAGGUGCUGUGACGGACGAAGAGCUUUUUACAGUGGAUGAUGGUGAAGAUGGCAUUGAGUGUGAUGUGUUGACGGCGGAGGAAAGAGUGCAGUUAGAAGAUGCACUUCGUGGGGAGAAUUCAGAUGAUCCUCUUGAGUAUGAGGAGGAAGGUAACAAGGACUGUAAUAAUAAAGAAAAGAAGAGUUGGUUUGGUUGGAAUAGUAAUAGUAAGAAGAAAAGCUCAAAGUACACUUGUGGUCUUGAAGAUGAAAAACAAAGGAUAAGUAGUGAUAACAAGAAGAGCAAACAUGAUGAUAAAAGCAGCAAGAAGAAGAAGAAGAAAGGGCUGGCAUCAAGUGAGUGUAAGAAUGAGAGCGAGUAUAAAAAGGGGUUGAGGCCUGUUUUGUGGUUGACGCCAGAUUUCCCAUUGAGAACAGAAGAGUUACUUCCCUUACUUGAUAUAUUAGCCAACAAGGUUAAAGCUGUAAGAAGAUUGAGGGAGCUCUUAACCACAAAGCUGCCACCUGGCACAUUCCCCGUCAAGAUUGCUGUCCCAAUUGUACCCACAAUUCGUGUAGUUGUUACCUUUACAAAGUUUGAGGAACUUCAGCCAUUGGAAGAGUUCUCAACCCCGCCCUCAAGCCCCACACACUUCCAAGAUUCCGAACCCGCAGACUCGGAGGGACCCACCGUCUCAUGGGCUUCGUGGCUUAGAGGGGGGAGUCGGGAUGAGCAAUCUAUCAGUGUCAGUGAAAGCUGGAGUUCUCAAAACGAUAUUGACCCGUUCCGAAUCCCAUCUGAUUAUACCUGGGUUGAUGCCAAUGAGAAGAAACGUCGGAGAAAAGCUGCUAAGAAAGCAAAGUUGAAGAAAAACAAUAAACACAAUGCCACAACUAGAGGUUCUGAUGGUGUGAAGGCCGAAGCGUGAAGUCUCACAAGAAAAUUUUGUUUCCCCUUAGCAAGAAGAGCGGUACAUUUCAUUUCCUGUCAGGUUAAGCGCAUUUAUUUGGCUGGAAUGGCUAUGCUGAAUAUUCUUAAAGUGAGAAGUGUUUGGUAACAUCUAUGUGUGCCUAAUGAGUCAAAACCUACUUGUUCUCCUCGCAAGCACUACACUACAAGGCAAAGGGUGAAGCAGAAGGAAGACAUAAAAUAUCUUGUACUCUUAUUUGACUGGCGCCGACUCUCCUCCUUUCAUAAUAAAAAUAGUCAUUUUUCACUUAUAAAUGGGGAUUGAAAAUGAACAUACAAGGCUUCUUGUACUCUUUUUUGAAAGAAGCUCAUGUAGCGGUGGAUACUCAAAACCUAAUGUAAAGAACUUAUAAUUGUUAAAUUCUUUACAUUGUACAAAAGAUGUUUAUGUUUGUUUACUCGAGUCUAUAAUAGAGGGAAGAAUCUUGUUA